GCAAUGGCACUAUCGACUUCCCUGAAUUUUUAACCAUGAUGGCCAGAAAAAUGAAGGACACAGACAGCGAGGAAGAAAUCCGUGAGGCAUUCCGAGUCUUUGACAAGGAUGGUAAUGGCUAUAUCAGUGCAGCAGAACUACGUCACGUUAUGACAAACUUAGGAGAAAAGCUAACAGAUGAAGAAGUAGACGAAAUGAUCAGAGAAGCAGACAUUGAUGGGGAUGGGCAAGUCAACUAUGAAGAAUUCGUACAGAUGAUGACUGCAAAGUGAAGAGACGACCUUUACACGUUUUUUCCUCUAGAAGAAUCAAAUUGAAUCUUUUACUUACCUCUUGCAAAAAAAAAUGUUCAUUUAUUCAUUCUGUUUCUGUAUAGCAAAACUGAAUGUCAAAAUACCUUCUGUCCACAAACUGCAUGUAAUGGUUGGUGGUCCUGUCCCCAAAAGAUAAACAUCAGUUUUACAAUAUAAAUAAUUGUACUACCUUGAAAAUAAAAAAAAGGAAGCACUUAGUGAACUCAAAAGUUCCAUUUGCUAAUGACUAUUACACUGUUUGGGCUGGCCCGUUUUUCAUGCAUGCAGCUUGACAAUUGAGCACAGUCAGACAUUUGUAUUUAAAAGGAAAAAAGAAACCAACCUAAAGGAUCCACUCUUUUGUUCAACGGUGGAUUCUAGUUCAAUUUGUAGUAUAAAUUGUCAUAGCUGGUUUACUUUAAAAUUGGUUUAUACCUCAGGAUGGUAUGCAGCAAAAUGGUUGAAGGAUGCAGAACUUAGAGAAAAUGCCCUAAAGGUGGAAUGGUUCUCCUGUACGUAGCAGUGUGCUCCAAAAAUACGAUGAUCUUAACUGUGGAUGGCAUGUCUGUGUUAAAAUACUGGUUUAACAUUGUCUGCAUUGCACUAUAGUGAAACGGGUGUCGGGCUGUUACCGUUCACAAAAUUUUUAAAAAACAUUCUCCAAGGGAGCAUCUUUGGACUCUCAUAUUUUUAAAACCUUCUGUACCAUGACUUGGAGCUGGCGGAGUAGCCUGUGGACUUCAGCACAACUAUCAACAUCGCUGUUCAAGAUACUACAAUUUAUGUCCAUUCCAAGUUGUAAAUGCUAGUCUUUUUUUCCAAUAAAAGACCAUUAACUUAAAGGUGGUGUUAAAUGCUUUGUAAAGCUAAAAUAUAUAUAUAAUUGAGAGAAUAAACCAAAAAAGCAGUAGGAGGAAAGUGUUUCUAUGAAUGACUUGCUGCUAAAUUAUAAUGCACAUGUAUGCAAUAAGUUAUCCCCUAUCUUUUCAAGAUGGCAAGAACUGACCUCCUGUAACCCAAGACCUUUGCUAUAAAUAAAUGAACUUGUGCUUGCCUUUCA